UGUAGUCUAUAUGUAAUCUCUAUGUAGUCUAUAUGUAGUCUAUAUUACUCUAUAUAUUUAUCUUCCUCCUCAGACUCAGAUGGAGAGUCAUAUUAUAUGUCUGUGGAUGAGGAGCACCAACCCUCCGUCAUAGAGGAACUGACUGACGUACACUUCAAGUUUGAAGUCAAAGCGGUGCUGUUGGAGUUGACGCGUCAGGCUGACCAGGAGAACACGCUGUUAGCCCUCAGUGUGUCUCAGCUGGGAGCAGAGGGCAAGAUGAGAACCUAUGACCUCACCAUCACCUCCUACCUCCGUAAAGUAGGCCUGGACUACUGUGAGAUACGAGACUCCAACAACCAGCCUCUGCACCUGAUCAGCUCCUCAGACAAACACGGCUCAGACCUGCUCAAAGUGGAGUACACCAAAGCUGAUAUCAACGGGCCUAAUUUCCAGACAACGUUUGACAACACUGAGCAAAACCUGAAGGUGGAGUUGUCGUCUCUAGACUUUCUCCUCCACACCAAAGCGCUCCUCUCCACCAUCAACUAUCUGAACACAGCCGUACCCCAGGAGCUGACAGCCUCCAAGGACAGAGAGGCCAAGAAACAGGUGGAGAAGGCUGGACAGGGGAAGACAGGUAUACAUUAUGCUAUACUAUAA